AUGGAAAAACGUCACACAUACUCGAUCAAGUUAAUAGACAACGUCGUUAGUGGUAGUACCGCUGGUUUACUGUCUUCGAUUAUCGUACGACCGUUCGAUUAUGCUCGCAUGCGUUUCGCUGACGAUGUUCGCAGAGGCAAAAUCAAACGUGAACGUAAAUUCAAUAUUACCAUCGAUUUUUACAAGAAAACAUGGGUUACUGAUGGCGUAGCUGGCAUUUAUCGUGGCUCUGCUAUUGUGUGCAUUCAUUCUAUUAUCUAUAGUGGAUGUUAUUUCGGUUUCUACAAUACAUUAGCACCACUCUUACUCGGGCAUAAUUCAAAGUUCUUGUCUUCAUUUAUACUUGCUUAUGGUGUAACCAUAACGGCGGGUCUUAUUUCUUAUCCAGUCGAUACCAUUCGGCGACGAAUGAUGAUGAUGCCACUUACAGGAACGAAAUCUAAAGGUUACAUGGAUUGUAUCUCUCAAAUACAGAGACAUGAAGGUGUAAUGACUCUCUUUCGUGGAGCUGGUGUACAAAUUUUGCGGAGUUUAACCGCUGCUGGUACUCUAGCCGGUUUUCACAAGCUCUCACAAAUAUACAUUGAUGUACAUUUGAUACCAAAGGAUGCAUGUGCCGACAAACACGGUAUCGUCACAGGAUAA